UCAAUUGUGUCAUUUCCACCAUUCAGAUGGUUUGGUAGGUUCCAUGUCCUUAUUAUCCUUCGCCGGGAAAUAUAAAAGUCUGGCCGGGAAUCUCGCCGAGAAGUCAAUUCCGGCAAAAAUACGGCGCGUUCUACAUUCCCAGGCGAUCCUAUUUCCAUCUAAAUGCGAUAAAAAGGACUAGCUGGAAAACAGAUAUCAGGCAAAUUUCCGGCUUCUUACCGUUUCCUUGCCUGAAAACAGAAUACAUUGAGAUACCGUUUAGUCACAGGGAAAAAGCAUGAAAAUCGAGGGCCAGAAUCAAACGGGUUCUGGAAAGACGGUUUGUGUUACCGGAGCUGGGGGAUUCAUCGCUUCAUGGCUGGUUAAGCUAUUGCUGGAGAGAGGUUACACAGUGAAAGGAACAGUGAGAAAUCCAGGUGAUCCAAAGAAUUCUCAUCUGAGGAGCUUGGAAGGAGCGGACCAAAGGCUAAUCCUCUGCAGAGCUGAUCUGAUGGACUACGAAAGCCUCUUUGAAGCCAUCAAAGGGUGCCAAGGGGUUUUCCACAGUGCUUCUCCAGUCACCGAUGAUCCUGAAGAGAUGGUGGAGCCUGCAGUGAAGGGCACAGAGAACGUCAUAAACGCAGCUGCAGAAGCCGGGGUUCGACGAGUGGUGUUCACAUCAUCGAUUGGGGCAGUGUAUAUGGACCCGAACCGUAGCUCAGAUGCAGUUGUGGAUGAAAGUUGCUGGAGUGACCUUGAAUUUUGCAAGAACACUAAGAACUGGUAUUGCUAUGGCAAAGCGGUGGCUGAGCAAGCUGCUUGGGAAGUCGCAAAAGAGAGGGGGGUGGACCUUGUGGUUGUGAACCCAGUCUUGGUUUUGGGUCCAGUACUCCAGAGCACUAUCAAUGCUAGCAUAGUUCAUGUGCUCAAGUAUUUGACGGGUUCGGCUAAGACCUACGCAAACUCGGUUCAAGCCUAUGUUCAUGUCAAGGACGUAGCUGAGGCUCACAUACUGGUGUUUGAAAACCCUGAGGCUAAUGGUCGAUACCUUUGUGCUGAGAGUGUGCUUCACAGAGGGGAGGUCGUGGCUAUUCUCAAUAAGUUAUUUCCUGAGUACCCAAUUCCUACCAAGUGCUCGGACGAAGUGAACCCAAGGAAGAAGCCUUACAAGUUCUCAAACCAAAAGCUGAAAGACCUCGGCCUCCAAUUCACACCAGUUAGUCAGUGCCUCUAUGACACGGUUAUCAGUCUACAAGAGAAGGGCCACUUGCCCAAGCCUGAGCCCCCCUCUUGAAAACUCUGCCCUUUUCAAUCCACUCGAAAAGAAGAAAAAGAAAUCCUAUAUAAAAUAUCUAUGGAAUUGCUAUGGAACAAUAAGUUUGAGAGAGGGGUAGCUCAUUGCUUUCGGACUUCUACAACACUUGGGCUAUGCUUCUUUUUCCAUGGGCCCUGCAUUUGUAGUGGAUGAGCCCCCACCACCGGCUCUUUCAAUUAUAUAUAUUAACAUUAUUUUGGUAAAGUGGGAAUGCAGGUUAAACAAGGCCAAGCACCUAAUAUGUAACUUUUUAUAUAAAGGCAUUUUAUUUUAUUCUUUUCUUUUUUCUGGUACUUCAGUGGGGAUAUGUGGUGUGCCCGAAUUUUGAAUUUAUAUGGACGUUGAUUUUCCACGA